CCCCACAACAACGCGCACGUGCGCGCACGCACGGCCGCGCGCUACAAAAGAGUUGACUUGGUUUCCAGGGGCAGGCGACUCCAAUCAAGUGUACACGUCGUUGUCUGCGGAUGGGGGGUUUUGCGGUGCCACGUCUGUGCUCGUCUGCUGAUUCCAUCGGAACAUGUGACUGAAUAAGGCGCUCACAUGGCCGCAUGAUCCGCUUUACGCUUUUUCAAAGGUCCGGCGAUCGGUGGCUCCCUCUCUCCCUCCCCGACGGCGACCAUACGGAGCAGAGGACCGCUGGAGCACGCAGCGCCCACUCGGACACAUCAUGGCGAACAGCGGGCAGAGAGUUGUGCUGAUCACCGGCUGCUCCUCUGGCAUCGGGUUGCGAAUCGCCGUCACGCUGGCCAAUGAUGAGAAGAAGCGGUACCAUGUUAUUGCCACCAUGCGGGACCUGAAGAAGAAGGACAAGCUGGUGGAGGCCGCAGGAGAUGCAUAUGGCAAGACCUUGAUGCUGCUUCCGCUAGACGUGUGCAGUGACGAGUCGGUCAAGCAGUGCAUCAACAAUGUUAAGGACCGCCAUAUUGAUAUCCUUAUCAACAAUGCAGGCGUGGGCUUGCUCGGACCUGUGGAAAGCAUCAGCAUCGACGAGAUGAAGAGAGUGUUCGAGACCAACUUCUUCGGCGUGGUCCGCAUGAUCAAAGAAGUGAUGCCAGACAUGAAGAAGAGGCGUUCAGGGCACAUCGUAGUCAUGAGCAGUGUCAUGGGUCUGCAAGGAGUGGUGUUCAAUGAUGUUUACACUGCCUCUAAGUUUGCCAUGGAAGGAUUCUGCGAGAGUAUGGCCGUGCAACUCAUGAAGUUCAAUAUCCGGUUGUCCAUGAUCGAGCCUGGCCCAGUGCACACUGAGUUUGAGACAAAGAUGAUGGAGGAUGUGGCUAAGAUGGAGUAUCCAGGAGUAGAUGCAGACACAGUUCGUUAUUUUAAAGAUGUUUACCUGCCCUCAUCCAUAGAUAUUUUUGAAGCCAUGGGCCAGACACCAGAGGACAUAGCCAAAUGCACUAAGAAGGUUAUUGAGUCGAGCAGCCCUCGCUUUAGGAAUCUGACCAACAACCUCUACACACCCAUUGUGGCCUUAAAGUAUGCAGAUGAGACUGGCGGCCUGUCUGUCAACACCUUCUACAACCUACUCUUCAAUUUCGGCCCUCUGAUGCACAUAACCAUGAGCAUCCUCAAGUGCCUGACGUGCAGCUGCCUGCGUAGACGCACUAUCUCACCUAACUGAGGAGGGUGUCCCGUCUUGCCCUUAACCCUCCCAGUUUGUUGACCCCAACCACUUCCUCUGUGCCUUUUCCUGAGGUUUUGGGCUAAGCAGGUAGACUAGAACCAGUAACCUGGAGAGAAGAGGUGCCUUCUAGUUCAAAGACACCACCAUGAUAAGCUUUGCAAGAUGUCAUGCACUAUAGCACAAGUUUUUUUCAGAGAGAUGUGCAGAAUGAACUCAUGUACUCUCACAGAAACAUGCAUACACAGAAACAUCACAUACUUUAGAUUAUUGUACAUGCAUUUCACAAAGAGAGAGAGACGGCUAUAGAUAGAUGGAUAUAGAUGUCUAUUUCGUUUGAAAGAGAACACUCAUACAGAACAUGACGUACAAGUCCAAUGGACAGACAACAAAGGACAAAAAAAUGAACUUGGUUGCUGAGAGAAACAAUAAAAAUGAUAGAGAAACGAUAAUGCUAUAACUGGUAGCCUAGAUAACUUCACACUCAGGCUCACUCGAGUUAUAACAUGUAUGACAGAGUCAGAGAGAUUAUACCUGCUUUUAUUGUGUUUGUGCCCUUAAUUUCAUGUUUGUAUUGAAUAGUGUUCUCAUGGUCAUAACUGCUGUUGAAUCAUAUUUUUAAACUUGUUUUGAUAAACUGUAUGAUUUUUUGUUUUUGUGUCAGAUAUUUUUAAUCUUGUAAUUUGAUUUAGAAAUAAACAGAAUUCUGAUUUACA